AUGCCAACUACUUGGAGCGGUACGCACUCUAAACCUGCUCCUACUGCUGGUGCUGCCAAUCAACCGGUCAGCCCUGCAACUCCAACUGUUGAUACGCCUGCCAAUGCUACCGUACAACCUGGUGAUUCUUUUGCAAGCCUAGAGUUUGCUGUCACGACCCUCUUUCGAGCGUCUCUUGACAGUCCACUCAUGCUUGCUCUUUGUCGUGAUGGAUGUAUUAACUUCAUGGACCUCCUCUCUUACAGUGAGGCUGAGCUCCUGGAACUGAAGUACAAUGCACCCAUUCUUGACGCAUAA